AUGACCGGUCAUCUUGAUGUCCGAGGGCUCAAAGGCCAUACGAGCAGGAAGAACAUCCUACUCAUCAUUGCCGCGACCCUCGCUAGCUUCAACUAUGGGUAUUCAAACAAUGUCAUCGCUGGGUCUCUGGCCCAGGUUUCGUUCCUUGCGAAAUUCUUGACUGGAUCUAAUGCCACCGCGCUCAUCGACGGAAUCAUCUCGGGGUUCUUUGGGGCUGCGCUCAUCGGCGGUUUUCUACAAGCGUAUAUUUCCAAUCGUUGGGGCCGAAAACGCGCAACCGCAGUUGCGGCCUGCUUUCUCACUUUGGGAAAUGCCCUUCAAGCCGGUGCGGUACAUAUCGCCAUGUUCUUAGUCGGCAGGUACACAGCUGGGCUUGGAGCUGGAAUGGUAAUCAGCAACACACCAGUGUAUCUCAGUGAGAUAUCUCCUGCACACAGCCGUGGCUUGCUCGUCGGCCUUCAGGGCAACUUCAUCGUCCUCGGAUAUAUCCUUUCCUCCUGCGCCGCUCUGGGAUUCCACUUCGUCAAUACAGACUACCAAUGGCGGCUCAAUUUCGUUAUUGCCACUGCCAUUGCUCUCGCACUACUUGCAUCCUUGAUCACUCUGCCGGAGUCUCCCCGGUGGCUCGUGGAGCACGGGAGACCUGAAGAGGCUGGGGUAAUCCUAAACAGCAUACACAAGACAGAAGACGAUCCCGAUGGUAGAGUGGCUCAUGCCGAGUUGAACCAAAUCAUCGCACAGGUUCAGGUUGACCAGAGCCUGCCUAGCAGCUGGAUGCAUAUUAUUCGAAGCCCGUCUCUCAGAAAACGUCUCAUCUGCACUCUUCUGGUUUGGACCAUGGCACAAUCAACAGGCAUCACUGUUCUUGCGAACCUUACACCACAGUUAUUCGGGGCUCUCGGUUACGGCACCGUUCUUCAACUCGCACUCAGCCUGGUGUGGACUGUUUGCUUGUUUAUCGGCUGCUUCUUCAACAUUUACCUCAUUGAUCGCAUUGGUAGAGUGAAGUUGAUUGUCGCCGGCGGAUGGGGCAUGGUCAUCCUGCUUGCCUGUGAAUCCGCGCUACAGGCGCGCUAUCUUGACGGCAGCAAUCUAGCCGGUACAAAGGCUGCUGUCGCAAUCUACUUCAUUAUUGCAUGGUGGUUCACUUCUACUCUGGAGUGUACCGGGUAUGUAUAUGGCUGUGAAAUCUGGCCAACGCACUUGCGAAGUAAAGGGUCUGCAAUCUCCUAUUUCGGCUUCUACAUCUUUUCCAUCUGGUCCACGGCGCCCGCUGCUCAAGCAUUCGCGUCAAUUGGAUGGAAGUACUACAUGGUGUUCAUUGCUGUGACAAUCGCUCUGGUUGUUCCGUGCAUGUUCUAUCUGCCAGAGACUGCUGGAAUUCCGCUGGAAGAUCUUGGGGGUUUGUUCGGUGAUACUGUGGCGUUGGAUUUCGAACAGGCCUUGGAAGAACAAAUGAAGCAUGUCAAUACUGCAACACAUACUGAGAUGGCGAAACCUGAAGCCAUUCCGGUUCAGGCAAAGCGAUCAACAGCAGACAUCUAG